CCAGUCACUGCCGCCAUAUUGCUGGCGCAGGUGCUCGUCAGAUAAAUGUAGAGCCAGUUGUUUUCCUAAUUGCAUGGAUAUCGCUUAUAUUUUGAUUUUGGGGUGACAUCAAAAUUGACAGAUUUGGGCUGGAGCCAUAGUCUGACAAGAUGGCGGAACUUUAUCGGCAGGACAUUGAAGCACUGUGUGAAAAGCUGAAGUUGGCGGGCGAGGAGUCCCUGAUUUUGACGGCCAGUAUUUCUGAGGGCAAAGUGGCUCACUUUGGCUCCAGUGUGGGUGUGUUGUAUGGCAAAGAUAUAACCAAUACUUUCCUACAGUUCUGUAAAGACAAUUACGAUGUUUCUGAUGUCCAAACAACUCCAGAGGCUCCAGAGCGAGUAACAAGAGCCAGUGUGUCCCGUCCACCAACCUCACGAAGACCAAAACGAAAGAGGAAAGUCCCUGUCACAUACAAGGACAGUUACGAGGACAAUGAUGAGGAAGACUUUGCUUUAGAUGAUGUGGGCGGUGAUGAGGAUGAAAGAGAUGAAGACUUCCACAUAGAGCUAGCAUCCAAACCCUGUGGGCCGGACAAGGAAGUGAAGACUAAAACACCAUUAAAGAAGAUAAAACUCAGGCUGGCACCUGUGAAAGUGGAAAACUUAGAAGAAGCAGAGAGCAGUACCAGUGUGGCAGUAGAUGACAACACAAAGAAUGGAGAAGAUGAAAAAACUGAUGAAAAAACUGAUGUGAAGACACCCGAAAUGGCGGAGGAAAUUGCACUCGCAGAACCAAGAGAAAUGUUUAGUUGCCGCUACUGUUCAUCAAGGUUUAAAACGAUGGCAAAGUUACAGAAACACCUUCCAACUCAUUCAAGGUCCAGUAAGAAACAUAUGUGUUCACAGUGUGAUAAAGAUUUUGCCACCUUUAGCCAACUACAAAGACACAAAGCAACCCACGCCCAAGAUAGACUCGUUUCCUGUGAUCUUUGUGAUAAAAAAUUCAAAACAAUGGAAAGUGUCGCCAAGCACAAAAAGUUCAUUCAUCAAAAUACAAUUGAAAAAUCAGAAACUGUUGAUAAACCAAAGUCAUUUGACUGCGACACUUGUGAGGCCUCUUUCAAAACUAGGUUCAAUUUACGGCGUCAUAUGAUGGUCCACAUGAACGCACGUCCAUUUGCAUGUGAAAUAUGUGGCAAAAACUUCCGAGGGGCAGACAACCUUGCCAAACAUCUCGUUCGACACAGUACAGAAAAACCCUACAAAUGUGAUGAUUGUAACAAGCAGUUUAAAAGUAAGGGUGGGCUGAAGAUACACCACAUUGUGUUCCACGGGGACAAGGGUCUCAGUAAGAUUGAAGGCGACAGCUUCAAGUGUGCCAUAUGUGGAAGGGUAUGUGGAUCUUACUACGCUUUAAAGAGCCACAUAGCCUGUCACAAGAACGACGAAAAAGUUCUAAGCAAGUCUGGAAAAUUUGUUGAAAUAAACGAUGAACCUGCUGAUAUGGAAGAUUCAACUGAAGAUCUGUCAUCAUCAGGCCUGGAUUUAGAGAUUGACAUCACACAGCCGAUUGAGGAGAAGUUUGUGAUAGAGACCAUUGGUACCGAAGAAGAUGGACAGACUUUGAGGAUGAGAGCCAAAAAGAAUUUGCUGAGGUGUGACCAGUGUGAUAAACAGUUCACUUGUAACAGGGACUACAAGAAUCACAUGAAGAACCAUGCCGGCCAUCGUGUCAGUCAUGCCUGCGAUCUGUGUGGAAAGGAAUAUCUCAACAUCACUGCAUUGUACCGGCAUCGCAAGCUGCAUGACAAGGAUGGUACAUACACGUGUAAAGCAUGUGGGCUGAGGUACAACAGCAUGGAGAGCCUGUGGAGGCAUGCCAAGACACAUCUAGAGGACAAGCCAUUCAAAUGUAGUGUCUGUCACAAAGGUUUCAUCGAACGCCGGAACCGUGACUCGCAUUACCUGACACACACAAAGGAGAAACCAUUCAUCUGUGACCAGUGUGGGAAGGCCUUUCGUACGCAACAGCAGAUGAAAAAUCACCAGGGCAUACACACGGGAGAGAGGCCGUUUAAGUGCAACACAUGUGGUCUGACAUUCAGACUAAGAGACACACUCAGAAAUCAUAAACUAGUCCACAGUGAUUUUAAGAAGUUCAUGUGUCAUACUUGUGGCAAGAGGUUUCACCGCCCUGCUCACUUAAGGAAUCACCAAUCAGUUCAUAUGGAAGUGCCGGAACAUGUCUGUCAGCACUGCGGCAAGGCAUUCAAGAUGGCGACAUCCCUGAAGACUCACAUGGUGGCCCACCACAUGACAGCUGAGGAGCUGGCACAUUGUAACUUUAAAACGCAUAAGUGUGAGUACUGUGGAAAAAUUUUCAGAGAACGUCAAGAUCACGACCGACAUCUACGUAUGCACACGGGUGAGAAACCAUACGCAUGUGAGUUGUGUGGAAAAGCAUUCUCUGACAGCAGCAACCUGCGCACUCAUGUGCGAAAUCACAAAGGAGAUAAGUCAAAGGCAUGCCACAUCUGCCACAAAUCAUUCAUGUUUAAUAAGGACCUGCGCAAGCACAUGCUGACACACUCCGACAACGACCCCCAGCCUCUGUAUCAGGACAUGACUGAAAGGCUACACAACCCUAGUAUACAGAACCAGAUGGUCGUCCAGGAGACCUUGGUGGCUCCUCCCAUGUCUCAGUCCAUCUUACAGCCACACCCACAGCCCCUGCCCCAACCACUCCCCCAGUCUCUGCCCCAGCCACAUCCACAGCAGCAAGCCAUGUGUGUUGCUGACCAGGAGGCAUUAAACACUGCAUAUGCUGCUCUCAGCUUUCCUCAGCAUCUGCAGCCGUUACCCCCUGUAGCUGUUACACAUAUGGAGUCUAUUAUGCCAUCCUCAUCACACCCAAUCACACACCAGACAUGGAUGACCAUAUUACAAAAAAGAGAGAAAUCUUCGGAGUAUCGACGUGAUACCAGGUCUACCGCCAAGGGGGAGAACUCUCACAAAUGUCCGCACUGUCAAGUCGUGUUUGAGAGCUACUUGACUCUGGCGCGUCACGUCAAAGACCAUGCCACUAAAACCAGCCACCCGUGUGUUCGAUGCAAAAAAAGUUUCAACCGCAAAAGUGAACUUGAUAGACACAUGGCGUCGCAUUCGAAGGAAAGGGGGAUCAACUGUGACGUUUGUGCCCAGAAAUUUAAAACUAGAGACGGAAUGAUCCGGCAUAAAAAGAGAGUUCAUAAAAUCAACAUGGCCAAGAAAACGUUGCCGAUUCCGGUUGGAAAAAUAUUGAAUGUGAAUAAAGGAGGGAAGAAAUAUGGAUGUGAAUCAUGCGAUGCCGCUUUCAAAACUAGGUUUAAUUUAAAACGUCACAUGUUGACACAUACUGAUGAACGUCCAUACAAAUGCGACAUUUGUGGCAGGGCAUUCCGUGAUUCAGACAAUCUUGCCAAACACAUAAUGCGACACACUAAUGAGAAGCCGUACAAGUGCGACCUUUGCUUGAAGUCGUUCAAAAGCAAGGGCGGACUGAAAAUUCACGGCAUCAUUUUCCACGGAGACAAAGGACCCGGGAAAGGCAAUGCUGAAUCCUUCAAGUGUAGUAUCUGCGGUAGAACUUGUGGCUCAUAUUACUCUCUUAAAAGUCACGAAAAUUGUCACAAAAAUGAUGUGAAGAUUCUGAACAAAAGUCGGGAGCUGGUCGCCACCGAGGGGGAACAGGAGGAAAUAAGUGGACCUGUUCACUACAUCGAGAAGGAAGAACCUCCAUUCGAACCAGUCCAAAUCCAACCCAAGGCUGGUCGGCCAUGGUACACAUGUGAACGGUGCGGAAAGAAAUUCACAGCUCUGAGGAACUAUCGAAUCCAUAUAAAGAAUCAUGAUAAUCACAGAGAGAGUCAUGCUUGUGAAAUGUGCGGCAAAGAGUACCUGAGCCCAGUGGCUCUGUAUCGACACCGGAAGUUACACGACCGGAAAGGCACGUACAUCUGUAAGACGUGCGGUCAGAGGUACAACACAAUGGAGAGUCUGAGGAGACACGCCAAAAUACACCUACCAGAGAAACCAUAUAAAUGUGACAUAUGCCACAAAGGCUUUCUCGAGCGGCGAAAUCGGGACUCGCAUUAUCUCACGCAUACGAAUGAGAAACCGUAUAUUUGUGACCAGUGUGGUAAGGCGUUCCGCACGCAGAAACAGAUGGCCAACCACGCCGGGGUUCAUACUGGCGACAAACCGUAUAAAUGUAAUAUAUGCAAUGCCACCUUCCGUCUCAAAGACACUCUGAGGAAUCAUAAAAUCAUUCACAGUACAUUUAAAAAGUUCAUGUGUCAUACUUGUGGGAAAAGGUUCCAUCGUCCUGUUCAUCUUCGAAAUCAUCAGUCUGUUCACGCAGAGCAUCCCGAACACAUGUGCAAACAUUGUGGAAAGGGGUUCAAGAUGGAGUCUUCCCUGAAGACACAUAUGGUCGCCCAGCACAUGAGCGCCGAGGAACUGGCCUCAUGUUCAUUCAAGACACAUAAGUGUGAACAUUGUGGCAAGGUGUUCCGUGAGCGCCAUAACCACGACCGUCACAUUCGGAUUCACACGGGAGAGAAACCUUACUCGUGCGAGAUCUGCGGCAAGUCGUUUGCCGACAGCAGCAACCUUCGCACACAUGUUCGGAACCACAAGGGAGAUAAGUCGAAAGCGUGUCACAUCUGUGAAAAGUCAUUCAUGUUCACCAAAGAUCUGAAGAAGCACAUGAUGACACAUACAGGUUCAUCGUCCAAAAAUACGCAAUACCACAGCUCUGAGGUUGAGAUAGACCCUUCUAAUCACGGUGUGACUGUACAUGUGCCGGCUCCCGACUCCAUGGUCGUUAGCCAUCCGCAGCUCCAACAAGUUCUGCCACAUCAGCAUUCCGUUCCGGCCCAGGCUGCCCUCUCUUCACCACAUCAGAUAUCGAUUGUUGAGCCACAUCCGGUUUCCCUUACCGCUGUGCAGCUUAUAUCUCAAUCGACGCAACAUUCGACAACGCUAUCGAUUCCCCAUGGUGUUCCUCACUCUGCCGCCAUGAAAAUGCCCCUUGCCCAGACCUUGCCUUUGUCAGCUGUGUAUUCAGUACCGCAUACGUCACACUCCUCGCACCAGACACACUCCCCUGCAUCCGCAUUGUCUCCUCUCCCGAUGCAUACACAACACCUGCCCCAUCCACCUCCCCAUCCUACACCUCAUUCUUUGCCUGCACCUACCUCGCAUGAACAGGAAGUUUACAACGCCGCUUAUGCCCUAAACUUCGCCCAGCACAUAGCACCGCUUCCGCCCGUGUCUGUCCCCGCAAUGGAGUCUAUGCUACACAAUCCCGCCAUGGUCAGCCAACAUCAGACUUGGCACAACAUGUAAAUGUCAAGUGUUACAAUCGGCAUCUUAAUGUCAUUAUGUUGUUUCACAAGAUAGAAAAGUCGCGAAUUAGAGAUAUUUCAUAGUCACGUGCAUUGUUUCAAGGUGAGAGGUGGUCACGAUAUAAAUGAAGUAUUUUAGAUCAACGGUCACGCCGUGCUGUUUUCAGUCCUUCGUCUUCCUCUCUCUAAUAGUUGUAUAUAUUUCUAAAAGGAAAGUGAAGACGGUAUUACCAGAAUAAUGUCGGCUUAUAUUAUUAUUAGGUUGUCAGGCACUGAAAUAUGUCUUCCCUGUUAAUAGAGUGAUGUUUCUUGUACGAAAAGGCCCGUCUUGUGAGUACACUGACAUGGCUCCUAGAAGCCAAUAAGGAUUUUUAAUUGCCGUGUACAGUAGGUCUUUAUGUUACUAUUACAAUUUAAUAUGAAGGAAACCUGAUUCUGAAUUCUCUACUAAGGUAGUCACCUAGGUAAACCGUAUCUUCCAUCCACCCGCAGUUAUUAUUGGUAAAGUGUUGCUAGAAAGCACGUUGUUAUUUGUUACUUAUAGCUUGUUCUUUCUUAGUGAUUGUAUCGUUUGACACAUACAAACUAUCGGUUAUAUAUCACUGUAGUCUACCGCACGUGUAGCGCUUUGUUAUUAUGUAAAUACUAAAUCAUUGUUAUUAUAACCAAUGUCCAGCUUUUCUGAUUAUAUCAUACGCAUUGCCAUGUAUUAGAAAAGCUUAAAGCUUUCUAGUCGUGAGAUUUACACAGUCAGUGUUUCUGUUGGCUCGAUGUUGGCUGAAUUCCUUUACCUGUAACAUAUAAUGUUUACCUGUAGCAUAUAAUGUUUUAACUUUUUAAAAUGUUUUGUUAUUAGUUUCUUCUACACUUAAAACCAUUUAAACAUUUCUAGUCGUGGGGGUUUCUUUUAUAUCGGAGUUUUGGCGUGAAUAUUAUUUCCUAUUCAAGUCUUAUAUAUAAUUUGUCGCUAGAUAUGACACCCGGAUAUCCGUAACACCUUUACAGUGUUCUGAAAGGCAAGUGUUGAUAUCCACUCCAAAGGGACAGCAUAGACUAUGUUCCACUGUUAUCGAAAUUCGAGGUUCUCUUGUAAGUCACUUAGAGACGAUUGUGUAUGUAACCUGGCUGUAAAAUUUUACCAUUUUUUUUAAAGAGUUCCAUUCUAAUAUGGAAAUGUAAAUACACUUUAUUAAUUUGUUACGCUUUUGAAGGAACGCGUUGUGGAUAAUGCCCACUCAAUUGUGAAAUAGUGGAUAUUUGCAGUUUUAAAGGCAUUAACCCUUAACGCUUAUCAGAUAUAAUUUUGUUUUUGACUAACCCCUAACAUUAACCAGGUAUAAUCCUGUAAGGUAGCGUAUAUUCUGAAGGGAGAUGAGGCUAACCCUCAACUCUAAUCAGGUAUAAUUGUGUAAGGUAGCGUAUAUCAUGAAGAGAGAUGAGGCUAACCCUUAACUCGAACCUGGUAUAAUUGUGUAAGGACGCGUAUAUCCUCAAAUGUGAUAACUCUUACAAAACAUAGGAGGUACUAUGUCUAAGGUAGCAUAUCUAUUUCUAUUUCUUCGUUGGUUCAACGUAUGGUUUUGGGUAGUAUCAGCUGGGUAGUGAGAUACUAAAACAUGGGAAAAGUAUUGAUUACAUUCUCAUCAGUUAGCCACACAGAUGUUACGCUCUGCAACUGGUCAGCACAUUCGAAUUGAAAUUAAAUCAAGUUAUUGUUGUUAAAGAGUAAGCCACGACAAUGGUUGUAUUUGAUUACCGAGUUCUUUAAUAGGUAACCGUAUAUUAAUAUAUACAUUACAGUAAAAGACAAACUCUUUACAAAAUAUGUUAUAGCUAAAACUACGUCGACAUUAACGAUAUAUAUUACAAUUCACCUAAGUCAGAAGUUUGUACAUUUUUAGAAUGUUACACUUUAUAGAUAUCCGGUCGUAGAUGAACAGUUGUUGAGGGUCUCACACAACCAAAUCAGCCAAUCAGCAAGUGUUUCAUACGAUUGUAAUCUUUACCUAAACUUUGUUCCGGUUUAAUACAGAGCCUCCGAGUAAGUUCACCGGUUGUCAAAAGCAGACGGCUGCAGGCGCUCUUGUAUGCCACUAAACUCAACAAAAAAUGCCUUUUGAAGCCUUUGUCAGGUAUCUAUCUGUGAAUCUAGACAGUUAUCGCUAGUGUUGAACUUCAAAUAUUACCGCUAUUAACUCAAAAGCUUAGUAAUAACAUAAAGUAAAUGAUUUAGUUGUGUGAGUCCUGUAAGUACCAGGAUGCAUUGUAGUGCUUAUAUGCUGUACUGAUAAAGUAAUGUUGUUUUUUCUUUUAACGACAAGGGUGUCAUUUUUGUAAAUAAAAUUACCUACAUCGUUUUACUGUUUCGCUGUAUGUUAAGAGUUUAGUAUAUCCAGAUCCUCUGAAUACCCUCGCCUUUGAUUUAAAACUUAAUUUCAUCUUUAUGAAUCUAUCUUGCUUGUAUUCUUGUCAGUCUUUUUUGGUGCAAAUGUGCUAUUAUUAUCAUUCAGUACAUGCAUUAACUUUUGUGGGUAAAUAAAAUUAGCUUCCAACCUUUUGUAGUGUGUGUGGUUUAAAUUUCGAGAGAAAUAAUUGUUGGUUAUCGACACCAAACUCUUCGAUGAUAUCUCCAUUACAUAGUCACGUGAUAGCACCAUAUAUGUUUAUGAUAACGUGGUAUAAAGGUUGUUGGAUGAUGUGAUAUCUGCAUUGUAUGACUUGGUUUGUUACUUUGUUGUGUAAUUACUCGGACACAGCAAUGUGACUUGCUCUAUGACAUCGCCAGAUCAACAGAUUAUUAUUGAUACAUUGGACAUUUAACUCCAAUUUUGUUCAAACCAGGGUAAAGCAGUGUCGUGCUAUCGUUAUUCGACACAAUGUUUUUGCUGCCAAAGUAACAACGAUCUUUAGGCUUGUCAGUUUGUAACCAUGGUAAGAUUGUCGUUUGCUAUGACAAUGUAGUCUGUCGCGAUGGUAAGAUGGUCGGUUGCCAUGACAAUGUAGCCUGUUGCGAUGGUAAGAUGGUCGGUUGCCAUGACAAUACAGUCUAUUGCCAUGUUUAGGAGCCUGUGACCAUAUAAAGGUGUAUCGAUUGCAUUGGUAAACUGGCUACACAGGCUUAUGACUCGAACAAUAUGACCCGGUUUUCAUUUGACCAAAGAUAUGUUGUAUUUGCACAUGAUAUAUGUAUACAUGAUGUAGCUAUUAAGUUUGUAUGCCUAGUGUGAAUUUAGCAAUUAAAUCGACACGUGCAUGAAUUGGUAGACAGGAUGAAAUCGAUGCGCAUGCUUAGAAUUAGUUAAUAUUGACCAACUCAAUGUAAUGUGAAGAGGGGAUGCUUUUAAAUAUGCCUUAUCACAAUGCUUACCAUAUUCGCCCACUGGGACCAAAUUUAAUGGAAAUGGAAACGAUUAUGCUUUAAACAGCGAAGUUAAUUAAUUUCACUAACCACUCAAUACGUUUACCCGUACAUGUCAUUUGCAUGUUCAUUUUCAUGCCAAACUUUGAAUUUUAUAUGCAGUGAUAUUCGUGUCAAAUUUUAAGAAAAGUUUUCCCCUUUUAGCCUUUUUUGAGGAUUUUCACUACAAAAGAAUAGUGUGAUACCUUUUUAUGAUAUUAAUGUAGAGAAUGCUAGUGUACGAAUAUGUUGAUAAUGGACUAUCUUAAGUGAGAUAUACUGCAUGCUUUAUCCAUGUUUUAUGUAGUUCUACUGUAAGCUGGACAUAGUUGCCAGUGAAAAUAUAUCCCAAGUAUAAUUAUGUCUUACUAGGGAUGCAAUGUUUUACUAUACAUGAACUAUUGAGAAUUAUUGGCUUAAUUAAUAAACCAUGAUUCAUAGA